AUGAAUUCGGGUCAGGUCCUCGUACAAGAACCAUUCCUUUUAAAAGACACACAUUCAAAAUCAUAUCUUCCCGCUCUUCCACGGAGAAGAGAAAACUGUGAGAUUUGUAAAACAUUUCACGAAGGUCAAGGACUCAACUCGAGGAAGGAAGAAAUACAUGGCUCGGUCAUUUGCAGGGAUUCGGAAGACAAUGCCUCUGCCAACGAUCCCCUCUUGCAACGGCUAUGGUCAAUCAAGAAGGAACUUGAUGGUUUAACCUCAAGUGUUGACUCGGUUUCUCAAUUUGAAACCCUUCUCAAGGACUGCAUACUCAAAUUCAAGGAUGAUAAUCGGUACAGGAAUGAUGUCCGAUUUCUAAAGAUAUGGUUUUUAUAUGUUGAUGCUGUUGAAGACUUUGAAAGCGUUUUCAAAAUGAUGGAGGAUAGUAGGAUUUGUCUCACCUAUUCUCUACGCUAUGAAUGUUCUGCUCUGUUUCUGGAAUCAAAGGGGAAGCUGGUGGAUGCGCUUGAAAUUUACCGAAUGGGCAUUUCUAGGAAUGCUGAACCUCUUGAGAGGCUAAAGAAAGCGGAGAAAUUAUUCAUUAGCAGAAUGUCUGCCAUAGUGGAUGCCUGUUCGCUUAAGGAGAUUGAUUGCAGGGAAUCUGUUAAUCCUGGUAAGAGUUCCAUAAAUCCAUGGUCAAUCUCCACCAUCAAAAGUCUACUGAUGAAGAUGAAGAAGCAGAUAUUGAAGUACAAUGGAUACCAUUUAAGUGCUAAAAAUUAUUCGGGAAAAGUUCCAUUAUCUUCUUUGCAAAGAAAUAAGAUCAUUGAGUUAGGUAAUAUUCUUAAUGUGCUAACAAUUUCCAUUCUACUACUGGUUUAUUUUUUAUUUUUCCAUGUCUCACCCUGUGCUUUGUUUCCAAUUAAAAAUCAGGGUUUUCCAUUCUGCUACUGGUUUAUUUAUUUUUUUCCAUGUCUCACUCUGUGCUUUGUUUCCAAUUAAAAAUCAGUGUUAAGUUUCCUCUUAAUUUACGCAUUUUGACUGUGUUUGAUAAGACCAUUGAGAUAAGAAUGGGGGUAGUCCAGUUUCAACAUGGAAAACAAUCAACUGUAAUUUGGAAAAGUUGGUCAGGUGUACUUUCCUUUUUCUCCUUUUAAUUUGAGGCGAGAUUUCUUCUCCCUAUAUAUUCUUCAUCAAUAUCUUAUCAUUCUCAUUUAAGAAAACUUAAUUUAUUUUUGUUACUAUGAAUCUCUGAAAGUAAUGUGUCUUUUGUGAAUUUUCAGUUGCAAUAAAUUUAGUUAUAUGGCUUACAACUUACAAAGACUGGCUUACUAGGUUGGAGUAAGACAUCACCACUGAAGUGAGAUGUACUAAUUUAAAUUACUUACGUUAUCCAUACUCCAAAUAUUUUAGUAGAUUAUUAUCCUUGUUGCUUUCUAUCUAGUGUUUCUCUUGCCUCAUUGCUACUUCCUUGUUAGAUUUGAUUUGCAGCUAUUUCUGUUCCAGCCAUAGCUUAAUUUUGCAUUGGUCAUCAGGGUUUUAUAUUCCAUUACAACUUAACCUUUGCUGCUGUAAUCUCUUCCAAAUUGAAAGUGAUUGAGUGAUUAAUCCUUUCUUAGGGAGCUGGACAUAUGCGAUAUAAACAUCAUACUUUCCUGAAGUUUGGUUUUCUUUGUUUAUUAUACCAUACCGAAAGGCACUUUUGUUUAUUACACCAUACAGUUGCCUCAGUGGGAGUGAAACUCUCUCUCCCUCCCUUCCUCAUAAAUGCUUUUCAUUUCCCUCGGAAUAAAUACUUCGUAAAAUUCGUUCAAGUCCAUAGAGGGUUGCAAAAAACUAUUGAAUUAUGGAAACAUUAUCUAUCAAACAAAAAAUAGACAAAUAAUGUAAACAUUGAGGGUGAAUUUGUUUUAGAUUAUUUUUGGGAUAUGGGGAGGCUCUUUUGAGAAAAAAAAAGGAAAGAGAAUAUAAUUCAUUAAGUUGUGCUUGGUUGUCAAGAAAGAAGUAAAAACAUAAAUCGGAAGAAAAUAAAAUUUCUUAUUGUUUGGUUGUAAGGGAAAGAAAAGAAAAAUAAUAAGAAGUUAAAUAAAAAAGGUGAGAGAGAGAGAGAGAGAGCUCUCUCCCUUUAAUUUCUUUGUUUCAAUGGCAAUUGUCACAAGAGUGCAUGUGUUGGUAUUGUUGUCAACACCAGAGUUGUCAAGGCGGUGAAGGGGUGCCUAAGCUCUUAAGCAACAAGGCACCUACCUAGGCGUUGACUAUGUAUGUGACUAAGGAACCCUGGUGUUUUUUCUCUCCCUCUUUUUUAACAUUAUUUAGUAUGCUACAUAUGCCUUAUGUCAUAAAAAAUCAACAUUAAGCCAUAUCAAGUCAUAAAAAAGAAUAUUAAACCACAUCGAAAUCGAAUUAUAAAAAAUCAACAUUAAUUCACAUCAAGUCAUAAAAAAUCAAC